AUGGCUCGUCUCGCCUACUGGGGCACAGGUAGUGUUAGUACGAACGUCAUUCCCUGCUUCACCAAGCACGCACACGCUACAGGCACCAGGGACCGCCUCCACCCAAAAGGGAACUGGGCAGGCAUCACAUUGCCAUCAUUUCGUGGUUUCGGAGUGGUGCAGGCAAAAGUCCCCGAGAAUCGCGUGACCGAAAAUAUUUUCCUGGGGUCUGAGGUAGUGGGCAAGACGGGUUUCUGCGAACAUGUCAACGCCAAACCUGUGCAGACUCGAUGGCAUUCCCUGCCAUUGGCUGUCUCUGAUGCUACCAAACUCUCGAAUGCAGCAAUGCAGCCUCGGCUCAGGCCCUGCAUGACUUUGCUUCAGGCUUUCGUCGCCCUGACCUUGGACAUUCACGAUCUCUUCACAGUUCCUGUCAAUCGAGACCAUUAG